AAAAUUUUUUGUAUUAUUCCAAACCCUCAAAAUUUUAAGUAAAUCGAAUUUUAAACUAAUUUGAUUAAAUAUUACAUGAAUAAGAACAAACAUGAAUGGAUUCAGGAUAUGGACAUUACAUGAUCUAUCAUAUAUUCUACCCACUAAAUCCUUGCAGCGUGAAACGUACGUGCCCACGAAUACAUUUAAACGUUGUCUUUCAAAUUUCCUCAACUCCUCUCGCAAGCAAGAGAAUGCUCGUGAGAGCAGAAGAAUUAAUUUAACAACAGUUUCCAAUAAUCUGGAACCUAUCUUUACAUGGACGGCUUUACCUGAAAUCACUAUGACAACUUUCAGUUCUCGAUCGCCCACGUAUUUUUUGCCUUUGCCUCCCAAAGUGAUUACGGAAGUAACGCGUCCAGAGAUAUUGAAACCUCUCAUUAAGUACAAAGAGUCAUUAGAUGGAAAUCCAGUGUCUAGAAAUAAAUACUACAAAAGGCUUUCAAACAUUCAAACUGAUAAUUUUGAUUUUAUAUAUAACGACAAUACUGUGAUAAAAUCUGGUAAUGUCCACUGCGAUGAUUGCGCUUCAAAAAUAAUGUUCAUUUUUCAAGAAAGUCAAGAACCCAAAAUUAAUCAUACAAUCGAGCAAGAGUCGACUGAUGAUUUAUCGAUUUGUAACACUAGGAAAAAUUCGGAUUCUUCGUCUUCUGCAAAGUCGGAAUUAAAAACGCUAGAAAUCAAGCAGCAAGAGUCGCGAAAUCAGUUCAAAUUACAGGAUAAUCAAUAUUCACGAAAAUAUGACUCAUCGCAAUCUCCAGAAUUUCGGAAUUACACGCGGAAAGAUCUCUCGCAGACUUCUCGAUACGUUUUGCAAACGCCUACAAGUACCUCCAAGCCAUUGCCAUCUGUAUUUGAAACAUUGAAAACAUCAUCUCGAUUUGAUUAUUUGGCCUUCUCCGAAAGUUUGGGAAAUCAAGGAUUUCGAAAGACUUCGUUGUGCCUACCUUCUGUACCGCGUCGCAUUUUCUCCUCAAAAAGUUGCACCGUGAUUCAGCAAUCUAUUCGAAAGUUUGAAAAUUUGAAAAAUGAUCAGAGCGCGAAUACAUCGAUUAUUCGUUUGAGAAACACACGAUCGCAUCCAGAUCGCGUUUCUCUGAUGAGACUGCAAUCGUUUUCCUGCGACACUUCAAAGUCGAAAAAAUCCGUUGAUUGCGAGAAGGAUGAUAAAUCACAACGAUCGAAAUGCGAAGAUGAGAUCGAGGAAGAUCACGCGUGUUCUCAAGAGAUUGCGAGGAGCCGUUGCCAGAUUAAAAGUAAAAAGAUCUGCGGGAAAACGCGACGGAAGGACACGUGCGUCUCGUCUCCAAAUGACGUGGGUGAGGAACAACGAGAGAAAAAACCUAAGCUCAACAAAAAUUACACAUGUCCCGAACUGAGGCGACCAAAGCCAUGCACUUGGAAGGAGGAACGAUGCCCUGAGACUCGUCGGAAGUGCGACGAGAAUAAAGCACGAAUCUCAUCAAAGGAUUGCGCACUGCAAUCGAGAGAACCUAGUUGUUCACAAAAGCAAGAUAUUGACAGAAGAUGUAAUAAAAGACGGCAAUCAAAAUCAUAUAAGCAACGUGACGAUUGCCAAAAAGCUGAUGAAUCACAUGCAGUUUGUAAGGAUUCUAUGAAAAAAACGGAUGAAUUUGAAUCAAAAUGUAAGAAGCAACGCGUGAAGUGCAACAUUAGUGAGAAAAAACGGCGAAAGUGCACCGGAAACAAUCGAAAGCGAUCUAACAGCUACCGCAAAAGAAAUUCUUCCCGAACUAGUGAUAAAAGCUGCAGCAAAGUAGACGGAAAGCGAUAUUACUCAACAAGCGAUGUUACGAAACAAUCAAUUUUCUUCGUCCCGCGAGAUCGUAAAUCUUUCUCCACUUCGAUUUCCGAUAUCAUUCUCGGCAUAAAUAUAAGUAAGAGAUUUUAUGCUAGCUGCAGCAAAGAUGAUAAAGAUCGAAGACAGGCUCCGUCUUGUGAAAAACCAAAAAUGAAGUGUGAGAUCAAGGAAAAGGAGGAAAUUGAGAAAAAGUGCAUGAAAGGUACUGCUAAAUGUAUGUCGAGAAAAAAGACUACUGAUAAGACGCAAACCUGUCAGUCUACGAAAAAAGACAAAGACAAGAAAUUUUGCGAAUCCACGAAAAAAUCCCGUCAGGAAUUUUGUGCCAGCAGAAAAAAAGAACUUACAAAAGACAAGAAACUUAAAAAAGAACCAGUGAAAGCACCUCCAUCACCUGUAAAAGAUGAAAAGUCUAUGGAACAAUUGAUGAAGGAACAGAUUGAUCGCGAGUAUAAAGAGAUAGAUGAAUGCAAGAAGGGCUUCAAAAAAGAGAAAAAAGGCGAUAAAAUCAAAAUGGUUUCCUCAGAAAAGCCGACGGGUUUGGAUCGCAUAAUCAAUUCAUGUAAAAAACAAGAAAAGGAUAUCGAAAAGUUUGUAAGCACACGUAACGAAUCAAUCAUUUCUACGGACGCCGUGUUUAAGUGGUUCAACAUUCAAUCUAGGAUUAUUAAUGGCACGAUUCCAAUUAUUGCCAAGGAUGUCGGACUGUUCAAUGUAAUGUUUGAUCGAUCGUUCUCUACUGUGAAACUGGAUUAUCAGGAUGAUUUUGCUAUCGGACGAGCUAUGAACGAUGAUAAAAUAGUUCAGAACUGUUCUGCGAAUGGCGAAGAUUUUAUUCAUGGUGAUGAAUUGCCGAAUUAUAUUGAAAUAGAGUAUGAGGACGAAGAAGAUGACGUUCACGAGGAUCACUAACCUACCGAUCUCCAAAAUCAAUCGAAUCUUACACAAAGACGAUAAGAUAAAAUUACUCUUCAGCAUGACUUGGACGAUCAUCGAUUACUCCCCGAGGGAGUAAGGGACGGAUACGAGUCGAACGAGUGAAACGCAAAUGCGGAGCCUUACGGGAGUUUUGCUCCUUCACGAGACGUCUUUGUAGCGCGACGGAGGCGUGAAUGGCAGUGGGCCAGGAGGCCCAAUUAUGAGUUAUUCAGUCCUCGCCACGGGGCACCGCGGUGCCGUUCUACCGUCGGUGUAUGCACCUAUCUGGUGCCUCCCCCUU